CCACGCCUUAAUCCCUGUCCCCUCUCCUUAAACCUUUUCCCGACACGAUUCUUCCAGACCACCGUCCUCUGAAGUUCAACCAGGCUACAGAGUAUCGUCGUCGUCGUCGAGUAUAUUGCCUGCACUGGAGUAUUUUGCAUAUUGCAUCUCCCCCACGAUCGUUUUCACCGAGACAACUCGAGCAACAAUCCGAUACCCCGAGACAACACCGACCGAAUUCGAAUUGCGCGCGAACUGCUGGUUUCCGUCAUAAUCAACGUGGAACCUUGCCCUUGGAACUGACGGCCUCUGAGGACGACAUAUGAUGCUUUUAGAGUCCUCGACCUCUCUUUAGUGUCUUUUCAGGGCCACGCGCCAACGUUUGUCUCGCAGCCACUAUGCGCUUUUCCAAACCCUCGUUCCUGCCCUUCGCGAAGAGCUCCAGAAAGGCAAACAUAAUCACCGUCUUCCGCCAUGCUCGCCGGAACCCACGCGACUUCGUCAGCCGCUUGUGGUGCCCUCGAACUAUCGCGAAAUCGCUGGUCUUCCUUUCCGGUCUCGUCGUUAUCGGUACGGCCAUCGCCGAAAUCCUACUCUAUAUCCGCACAGGGAAGAACAGCCGUAUAGGCACUACGGUCAUCAAUCCGUUCAUACCGCUCGCGCGUCCCAGUGUCCAAAUACAUCAGGGCAUCUACAGAGGCGGCACCGCCAAGACUGGCCAUGUCUUUGUCGAAAGAUUCCUCGGUAUUCCAUAUGCACAGACGACGGGUGGAUACAACAGGUUUAUGCCGCCGGUCAAGAUGAUGGCAGGGAUGACAAAACAUGAUGCGAGAUAUUGGGGCCACAAGUGCUGGGGAGGUCCAGACGGACCUGACCAGAGAUCGGGAGAUGAUUGCUUGAACAUCAAUAUUUGGCGGACACGAGGCGUGAAGGAAAACCAGAAUGUGCCAGUUGUUGUUUAUUUUCACAGCGGAUCAUUUAAUUUUGGGAGCGGUGCCGAAAGGGACAUCGCUAGUUUUGUGGCAUGGAGCGUGGAUCCAAUCAUUGGUAUCUCGGUGAACUAUCGAGUUGGUGCGUUGGGCUUCUUGAGCUCCAAUCUUACUGCCGAGGAGGGCAUUUUGAAUCUCGGUUUGAAGGAUCAGGCAGCUGCCCUAGAGUGGGUGCAAGAAAACAUCCGCAUGUUUGGCGGAAACAAGGAUCGAGUCACCAUCUGGGGAAGCUCAGCAGGUGCACAUUCCGUUGGCCACCACCUCAUGAAGAUUGACGUCCCCGCACACUUUCAGGGAGCUAUUAUGGAAUCUGGCGCUCCAACAGCUCGCGCCGUCUAUCCAUAUAACCAUCCCCUCCACGAGGAGCAGUAUAAAAGGUUUCUCGAGCUUACCGGCACCGCUGAUAUCCCCGACGAGUCAAAGAUGACACAUCUUCGCUCCAUCGAUAUAGAGACAAUUGUCGCUGCCUCAGAGUCAGUUUUCCAGCAAUACUCCGCAUCUCUGCGCUGGCCUUUCCAACCUGUUAUCGAUGGACCCGGAGGCAUGAUCCCAUGCGCACCCCUCGAGAGCUGGAAAGCACGAGCGUAUCACAAAGUCCCGAUUCUGACCGGCUUCAACACCAACGAGGGCAGCAUGUUCGUGGAUACCGCCGUCGACGAUCCAAAGGAGUUCGACGAGUUCUUCCAGACACUGAUCCCAAAUUUUACCGAGAAGGACAUGAGAGAGCUGAAUGAGCUUUACCCAGAUCCCUCAAAGUCACCCGAGAGCAAGUAUACCGAAGAUCGCCCUGGUGUUGGCAAGCAGUACAAGCGUCUCGCGCGCGCGUACGGCGACUACGCUUAUAUUGCGCCAGUACGACACACUGCCCACUUCGCGAGCGCAUUGGAUAGGCCCGAUGAUGCGGCGGUGUGGAUGUACCAGUUCGACGUGAACCAAACGGUGAUCCGCGGUUCGAACCAUGGCGACCAGGGAGAAUACGUGGUGUACUCGCCCAGUGUGAGAAAACUGCCGUGGAGCAGGCAUGGCGCGAUUGGCGAGCAGAUGCAUGGUUAUUGGACUAGCUUUGUGAUAUCUGGCGAUGUGAAUGAAGUCAAGAAGGGUCGGGUUAAGAACCGCAGCACCUGGGCUCAGUAUGGAAAGAGAGGAAGCAGCGCUAAGAUGGUGUUUGGAGAGCAUAAUAACCAGCGAGCCGGAGGGAAGGAUGAGGGUGCCUUGACGGAGAACCGACCGGAUCUUUGGGGUGAUGCAGAGGGAGAUUUCUGGUGGAUGAGGACGAUAAUGUCGGAGAGGAUAUGAGGGGACGCCCGGGGGGGCGAUGAUGGAUGCGAUGUGACGAUUAUAGACGGGACUUUCCAACGACGUGUUUUUGUGUCAGGAGUUUCAUACGGCGAGGGUGUGCACAGGCACGAGAAUUCUAGGAGUGAUUGGGAUAGGACAUUCAUCUUGUAGCAUAAUAUUUAUUCACGCUGUUUAUUUUAGUUCAGUACUGCGAAUAGUAAUACUCAUC